UUUGAAUGAGACGCCUUCCCUCACAUUCUGAAGCAAAAAAACACGCCUCACCUCUUCCUCCUUCCCUCUUUCCCUCUCUUCUCCCUUUCCCCUUGUGUGCCGCCAGCUGCUGGCCCCCUAGCGGCUGUCCACGGAGCCCGACAGCCACCUCCUCUUCCCUCUCACUCCCACAAACAGACACCAGCAACGGGCGUCUCUCACAGCAGCAGUAGGCUGCGGUUGCUGCCACAACCGGCUGUCCACGCAGCUUUUCCCCCCACCACUAGUACAUUCCUAGUUUCCAAUCUCUUGGUCCAUUCCUAGUUUCACCUAUUUAAAAAAUUGUAAUAUGGGUCGACGUGAUGUGGUCUCAGAAGUUUUCGCAGAGAAUAGUUCUAAAAAAAAAUCCAAGAAAAAGAGAAGAGCACCUGACGAUGAUGCUCCAUUGUUAGAAGAUAAAAUUCAUGAUAAAGGUGAGGAUGCUUAUGGGACUCAGAUUGAUGAUAAUGAGCCUACUAUGGCAGAUCAAUUAGCUAUUUUAGAUCUUGAUAACAAAAAAGAUACAGAAAUUCAAGAAAACGCAGAGCGUCCUAAGACACAGCCUCCAAGUGCGGAUUCUGUACAUGUAUUGCUGAAACAAGCACUGCAUGCUGAUGAUCGUGCUCUUCUGUUGGACUGCUUGUACAAUCAAGAUGACAAGGUUAUUGCAAAUUCUGUUUCACUACUGAAUUCAGUUGACAUUUUCAAACUCCUGAACUCCAUUUUAUCCAUCAUCCAGUCAAGGGGUGCGGUUUUGGCAUGUACCCUUCCUUGGCUAAAAAGUUUACUACUCCAACAUUCUAGCAUGAUUAUGUCCCAAGAAUCUUCCUUACCUGCUCUUAAUUCCUUGUACCAGCUCAUAGAAUCUAGAGUUGCAAAUUUUAACCCUGCAAUGCAUCUGUCUAGCAGUUUGGACCUCUUAUUUGCUGGGGUCGACGAUGAAGGAGUUGAUGAGUAUGACUCCGCUCCCCCGGUCAUUUACGAGGACAAUGAUGAAAGCGAUGAAGAAGAAUCAGAAGAAGACGCAAUGGAGGCUGACGAAGAGACGGAAGAACCUGAAGAUUUUAGUGGUCUAAGCGAUGCUGAUCUUAGUGAAGGUUUCAGUGAGUGAUUAAUCACCUGGUCUUCUUACUAAUGGAGAAUUACAGGAUUUUUUAUUACUAAUUUAUUCAUGAUCCUUUUUUGGCCUUCAGAUAGGAGUAAAUUUUUGUUGUAGUUAUUGGUAAAAUAGGAGUAUCUGUAGAAUUUGUAUACUGAAUUAUUUUGCUGGAAUUCAAUUAUGUUCUACAAUCAUGUUAAUCACUUAAAUUAGUCUGUUGAACUUGAAGUCAUCUUAUUUGAAUUAUUGU